AUGGAGAUCAACACCCAGAUUGAAGAAGUUACUGAGAAAUCAGACUCCUCCUUCGCUUCAAGCAACAGUGAAAUCAUAGUAAAGCACAAGCCAUCUUUGCCUAAAGAUGCAAGUUUCUCUAAGUUCAAAGCAAAAGUGUUUAAUUUUAAUGCAAGGGAAGCUUUCAAGAGGAACUCUCAAAUGGCUGACAAUCUUCUUAAAUAAACUCAAUAUAUCAGCUAUCAAAAGAAGUCUCAGCUAUACAGAGAAAGACAUUAUUAACUUGUUGAAGAAAGAUCCUUCUACAAGAAAUAAUUUUGAUAUAACUAAGAUCUCUAACAUGCUGGCAGAAAAAUAAGUUCUUCCAAGAAUACGUUAAAUCCAAGCAGAAAUAAUUUAAUUCAUGAUUGUGCUAGAUCUAUGAAGCUAGAAAUAAUCCCUGACAAUCAAUAUAUUUACAAGCAAGGAGACAGAGGCGAUAAGUUCUAUAUAAUCAUUUCUGGAAAGGCCAUAAGUGAGGUCCCUCUUCUUCUAGCUAAAGAGAUGACAAUGUUUGAAUACUUCCAGUUCAUUGAUGAAUACAGGGACUCUAUUACCAAAAUCAAUGGGAGCAUUGAUUUCACUCUUCCUGAUCAGGAAUUUGUUAAAGAACAGCUUAUGAAAUACCAACAACAAUUUGGAGAAAACAUAAAAAGCUACCUCAGAGCCUCUCCUGAUAUAAAGAAUGACGAGAUAAAGCAGGAAACAGAGGAAACAUCAAAGAAAAAACUUAGAAGGCCAUCAAAGAAAUCUAAAACAUCUCUCAAGCAACUUAACUCAGUCAUAAAUAAAUCUGAAGAAACCAAAUAUUAUGAGAUAGAAUAUAUUAAAAAGUUACAGACUCAUUCAGAUGGGUCUGAACUUGGUGUUUUCACCCUGAUCACACGCAAACCAUAUUUUUCAAGCGUGUAUACCCAAAGUGAAACAUAUUUAGCGGUACUAGACAACCUCUCUUUCAUAAGAAUCCUGAAAAAGAGUCAGGUUGAGAAAUAACAACAGACAUAUUCAAAUAAUGAAUCAUUUCAACAUAUUCAAGCAAUUCCGAAAAUAACUAUCAAAGUGAAAUCUUCAAAUUUAUGAAAGAGGAAAGAUUUGUCAAAGGUCAGAAAAUAUCCGAUCCUUCUAUUUCAAAAAUAUACUUUCUGCUAGAAGGACAGAUAGAAGUAACCAAGAAAGCUCAGAUAAAGGACGGUGUUGACAAAGAUACUAUUACCUACGACUUAGUUCCAGUAUCAGAGCAGAAUAAAUCUUUUCAUGAAUUUAUUAAGCGGUCUAAAGACCUCCUACAUAUGGCAAAAGCCCAAAGAGACUGAUAUCUUACUGAUUGCAAUCCUAAUUGGAACGAAUACUAUUUUGAUAAAAGAGGGAAUAGGAAAGAAGAUAUUCUGUAUGGAGGAUCUUCAACCAGAAGUGAUACACACCUCCUUAAAUAAAAGCAUUCCUAAAAGAGUCAAUUUCAAUAUCUGUGUUCUGAAUCCUUAUGCAAUUAUAGGAGCUGAAGAAGUAAUGUUUGACAUUAAAGAACGAUUCGUAUCUCUUAAGUGAGUAUCCCCAACAGCCAAGUUACUUGUAAUGUCAAAAGAAGACAUCUUCUGAUAUAUUCAAAGUCCCACACUAAAUAAGAACUUACAUAAAAUAGCUGAAGAGAAUUGGAUUAAGUAUAAUAAUGCUCUUAAAUAAGAAUCUUGAAGAUGUAUAUGAUAGAAGAGAAGUCAAGCAAAUAAUGAAUAUUAGAAAAGAUAAGCGCAAUCCUGCCUAUUCUAAAGUCUCCAUCCAGAAGUCUAUUAGUAGAGUUGAUCGUAGGCGAGAAAUGCAAUUACUCAAUUUACUUAAUUUUCCAAGUACAAAGCAAAAUAAUGGAAGUUUACCAGGGCUUCAGAAGGAAGCUAAGAUCCCUCCUGAUUAUCGCCAAACAUUUUUCAUAGCAAAGACUUUUAAUAAGUUUAAACGUCAAAUCAAGACAAGUUCAAGCACCAAGAAAGAAGACUAUCUUGGGGAAAUAAAACCUUGUGCAUGAGAAAGAAUAGACCAUGAUAAAAUUCUCCAAAUCAAAAAAUCAGAUUUCAGAUCUAAUUCGAUGGAUGUAAUCCACUCUCCUUCUUUUGCAUGAGAAUGAAGAAUUCAGUCCAACCAGAUUGGAACUAAAGUUGAAAUAAGAAAACAAAGACUGUUCAAAAGUAAAUCAAGAGGAACCCUUCAUUUUAACAAAAGCUCUGUCAUUAAGAAUAUAAAAACAUUCAGAAUGUGGAGAGCAAGGGAUAUUGAUCUUAAUGGAAGCUACUAUCAACAGAAGAAAGUUAGCAGAGAGAAUAGCUCUAAAAGCUUAAAGACCUUCAGAAACCCUGAAAUAUUUAAUGUUACAUCUCCUUUAUUAACCAAGUCGAUCAAGAAAAUAGAGUUAUCCAGUGGUUGAAAACUUAAUCAAAGUCAAGAGAGAUUGAAAGAAGCAAUCAAAGAUUUUAAACUGAAGUUAUACAAGACUAAGUUGAUGAAAUCAAGACCAUAAUCUAAC